AUGCUUUUCUUUAUAUUAAUUUCAUUGGUAUAAUCAAUUGAUGUAAGACAAAAUGUCAAUCUGACUAUUGGCUUAGAUUUUAUGGACAACUCCCAUUUGCCAUUCUUUGAACAAUUUCAAUCAUAUUUCUUAGAUUUCAAACAAAAAGGAUGUAAUCUAAUUCUUAAUAUUAUAUUAGUAAAUCUAAUAAUAGCAUAACACUUAUUACCUUGUUACAGUUGUUUCACUAGACAUUAAUACAAAUAACCAGAAUCAAAUUGCUUUGGAGGAGGUUAGUAUUGUUGUAAAAAAUAUAUCUAUUACAAGAGUUUUCUGAAUCAGUAUCAGGACAAACUAUCUUGACAGAAAUGCUCAGAUAAUAAUGUAUAUUAGAAGAAGAACCUCAAUAUUAUUUUAAUUAUACUAUUUAUUUCUCUCAACAAUGUAUGCAAUUACCUAGUGAAAUGAAAUCAUGUUCUGAAAAUUACUUUUUAAAUAAUAAUAUUUCUACUCAAUCUAUAGACAAUUGUAUUGAAAAUAGUUUUGAAGGUCAAUCAGAUUAAUUUUAAUCCCUAAAAACUAAUAGAAUCUUAGAUUAAUAUAAAUAAUUACAGUACAAUAAAACUAAAUUUGCAUUAAAUUUAGAUGAUUAAGAUUUAACCAAUACUCCAUUUAAAUAAAUUAUGAAUUAACUUUGCAAAAAAUUUGAAUAUGCUUCUAUUCCAGCUUGUGGAGUUAUAAAAGCAGAUUCAAUUCAAAAAACUAAUUUGUUAGAAAAAAUAUUCUUAGUUCUUUUUGCAAUAAUUAUUUGUUUGAUUAUUGUUCAAGGGACUUUAUCAUUAUUUUAGAAUCUGUAAUUUAAAACAUUCUUUAGUCCUAAAAGUAGAAUUACAAUCCCUAAAUUAGAAAAGGAUCAUAUCAUUUAGGAUGAUGAUGUUUGA